CCCCAGGCAGGGUCGGCUGCGCUCUCCGCGCUCUCCCUCUGCUUUUUUCCCCCCCGCGCGUGUCUGUGUGUGUGUGUGUGCGUGCGGGUGCGAGCGCGUUGCCUGUCAAGGGGCUGUUUCUCUCCCCACCCUCCUCCUCCUCCUUCUUCCAAAUAUGCUUUUUGAAAGUUUUGAUCUCGUCUCGGCACUGGCUACCCUCGCGGCGUGCUUGGUGUCACUGACUUUGCUGCUGGCCGUGUCCCAACAGCUGUGGCAGCUCCGCUGGGCUGCCACCCGCGACAAAACCUGCAAGCUACCAAUCCCUAAAGGCUCCAUGGGAUUCCCUUUAAUCGGAGAAACCUUCCACUGGCUCCUGCAGGGUUCGUGUUUCCAGUCCUCCCGGCGGGAGAAGUACGGCAACGUGUUCAAGACGCACCUUUUGGGGAGGCCGCUGGUGCGGGUGACGGGCGCGGAGAACGUGCGGAAGAUUCUGAUGGGGGAGCACCACCUGGUGAGCACCGAGUGGCCGCGCAGCACCCGCAUGCUCCUGGGACCCAACACCGUGGCCAACUCCAUCGGGGACAUCCACCGGCACAAGAGGAAGGUCUUCUCCAAAAUCUUCAGCCACGAGGCUCUGGAGAGCUACCUCCCCAAGAUCCAGCUGGUGAUCAAAGACACCCUGCGGGCUUGGAGCAGCAACCCCGAGCCCAUCAACGUCUACCACGAGGCCCAGAAGCUCACCUUCCGCAUGGCCAUCCGCGUCCUGCUGGGCUUCCGCAUCCCCGACGAGGAGCUCAGCCGCCUCUUCGAGGUCUACCAGCAGUUCGUGGAGAACGUCUUCUCCUUGCCCGUGGACCUGCCCUUCAGUGGCUACAGGAGGGGCAUCCGGGCACGUGAGACACUGCAGAAGGGGCUGGAAAAAGCCAUCCAGGAGAAACUGCAGAACACGCAGGGUAAGGACUACGCCGACGCGCUGGACAUCCUGAUAGAGAGCGGCAAAGAGCACGGCAAGGAGCUCACCAUGCAGGAGCUGAAGGACGGCACCCUGGAGCUCAUCUUCGCCGCCUACGCCACCACGGCCAGCGCCAGCACCUCUCUCAUCAUGCAGCUGCUCAAACACCCGCGGGUGCUGGAGAAGCUGCGGGAGGAGCUGCGCAGCAAAGGCAUCCUGCACAACGGCUGCAUCUGCGAGGGUUCCCUGCGCCUCGACAACAUCAGCGGCCUCCACUACCUGGACUGCGUCAUCAAGGAGGUGCUUCGCCUCUUCACCCCCAUCUCCGGCGGGUACCGGACGGUGCUGCAGACCUUCGAGCUGGAUGGUUUCCAGAUCCCCAAGGGCUGGAGCGUGAUGUACAGCAUCCGGGACACCCAUGACACCGCUCCCGUCUUCAAGGACGUGGACGUCUUCGACCCCGACCGCUUCGGGCAGGGCCGCAGCGAGGACAAGGAGGGCAGGUUCCACUACCUCCCCUUCGGAGGGGGCGUACGGACCUGUCUGGGCAAACACUUGGCCAAGCUCUUCCUCAAGGCCCUGGCCAUCGAGCUGGCCAGCACCAGCCGCUUCGAGCUGGCCACCAGGACUUUCCCCAAAAUCACCUUGGUGCCCGUGGUCCACCCGGUCGACGGACUCAAGGUUAAAUUCUUCGGACUGGAUUCCAACCAGAACGAGAUCCUGACGGGGACGGAUGUCAUGUUGGGGGCCACCGUGUAGAACCCACCAGGGACGGGCGGCUGGGGAUGGAGGGGUGGGGUGGGGGCAAGGGGACGAACAGGAGGGGAGAGGAACGAGGAGCUUCUCCACGACGCUCGCUUGGCAGAGCCUCCGGGUCGGGACUGUAUCCUCCACCAGCAAAGCUGCCAAAAUCCUUCUGCUCUGGGCAUGGAGGAGCUUGGGGCGGCAUCGUGCCUCUCGCUUAGCUUCGGAAAGAGGAAGAGUCGCGAAUCCCGAGCAGAACUGGGACUGUCUGACCAUACACAGUAUCUAAAUAUUAUAAAUAUAUAUAUAUAAAUAUCUAUAAAACACUUCUGCUGCCAGGAGGAGCGCUGCGAAGCCCCGACGGUGGGAAAGGCUUUGGGAGCCAGCCGGCGGUUUGGUGGCCCGGCGCGGCCCUCGAGUGGGCGCCGAGCUUGUUUUUAACAGUGUUAAAUUAGCUGGUGAUAACAGUGUUUUAUUUUUUUGUUGUUGUUGUUGUCGUCGUUCGUUCGUUUGGUUGUGUUGGUUUUUUUUUUUUUUUAUUUCGGGGCUCUGGGGGCCGCCCUGGGUGAAGGGGAGACCAGCGAUGCCCGUUCCCAUCCCACCAAUUUUUAUUAUUUUUUUUUUUCUCCUCAAGUUUCCUGCUGCUGCUACACAUCCUGUGUGCACCGCUCCCCCCCCCUCCCCCCCUUUCCCAAUGCAGAGGCACCCGUUUGGGGGCAUUUCGCUGCCUUUGCUCUCCCUCAGGGUGCGGGCACCUCUGCGAUCUGCCGCGGCUCUGUGAGCACCGAGCUGCUCAGUUUGGGUGCACCCUCUUCCACGGGAGGCAUUUUUUUUUGCAUUAAAGGUGAUCUCUAUAAAUAAGCCACCGUCCGCAUCGUUUGUCUCGUGUCUGGGUGUUGGUUGGCGAUGGGAGAGCUCUACAGGAAGGAGAGAGGGGCCGUGCCCAACGUACCAUGAGCUUCAUUUUCCUGGGUGGAAGGAAUCGUUUGGUUUGAUUUGAUUUUUUUUUUUUUUUUUUUGGCAUGUGAAAGGCUUCCAUGUGGCGUGUGAGACAGGCGGGUUGUGUUGAAAGCAGACGUGGCCUCACAUGCAGGUGCAGAGCAAAGGGACCCCAAGCACUCUGGCUGGUGUUUGGUUCAACCUGAGCAUCAGCUUGGGAGAUCCCAUUGGGAUUGGAGGCAUUUCAUCUCGGGGAAGCUCCAUGCAGCCCUGCUCUCUCCCAUCUCCUACCCUGGAGGAUGAGGUAAGGAUGAGGACCGUGGGGUGGCAGGGAAAGAACUCAUGUUGGGGUGGGCAGCUUGGCUUUUUGCUUUAAAGGUGUCCAGAUAAGUCGGAGGGGCUGAAAUGGGAAGGAUGAGGUGGCAGAUGUUGCUUUACCAGGUUGCUUUGCAGGUUGUGCUCUUGAUGAGUGGGUGCCUCGUUGGAAGGUCAAAGGACGUGUGGGUGAGCGAUGGUGAUGGCUGCCUCUGCCAUCGUCAUCUGGUGGGGUGAGAAGCAGGGAGGCAGAGUUUUAGCUGGGGGAAGCACUCAAGGUUGGGUCAGCCAAGCUGCCAGAAACCCCCAGGAGCACCCCAACAGAUGGUCUCCACUCACGCCAGGGAGCACGACUUGAUUUUCAGAUGGAUAUCACCCCAGAUAAAGCUCCCAGUCCUCUAAGGGAUGCCAAUGAGAUCCGGGUCUUGCCUUCUGGUCGGUAAGCAAUGUGCCAAACUCAAGUGGGAGGUCUGAGUGCUAUGCGUUACCUGGGCACUGUGUCCCUGGAACGGAGGAUCAGCCAGUUUGACAAUCUGGGGGCUCCAAGGGAAACGCCAUCAGCUCAGGCCCUGGUGAGACUUCAGGCAUUGUCCUUGUCCCUGAUGGAGAGAAAACAUUUCCAGAGAUAAAAGGGGCUUAAUCGCAAUGAGAAUCCCAAUGGGAAGCAAGGAACAUUACCUGAAUGCAGUGGGGAUGGGUGAUUCUCCUGUGGGCAAGUGUGUGGAGAAAGGCUUGCUGCAUGCAAGGGUCCUUGUCCAUGGUCUUGGCUGACGAUGAACACGUGUAGGGCACAGGGACGGGACAGGAGGUAGAGGAUGCAGGAUGAAAACACACCCGGAACCCACAGCCAGGAGCAUCCCAUUCCCAGCCAAGACCUACAGGGGUGGAAACACCGUGGCUGGGGGAGAGAGGAGAUGAAAAAAUGGGAGAGCUGGAGCGGGGACGGCCAACAAGGUCCAGAGAGAGGUUCGGCCUAAAGCUCGGCGGUGGCUUCACGCCGCGCUCCCACGGGUGAGAUCUCUGGGGUGAAUUUUGGGAAGGACCCGGUGAAGGGCGGCCAGCGGAGGGUUUGGUUGAAUUGUGAUUGGAACUUCCAACGUCGUUACAAAGUGAAAAACCAAACAUGCUUUCGAAUGCGUGGUUGACUGGAGAGCGGUCAAGUCAGACGCAUACAUCCAUUAUAUAUAUAUGCUUACACCAUGUGUAUAUAUAAUGUGCGUGUGUGCGUAUUUAAUCUAGGCGUCAGUAAGUCAGGCUUUUGUUUUUACCAUUCCUAACGAAUAUAACUUGACUAAAAAAUAAGUUGCUGCAGUGGGUUUGCAGAAUAAAGCACUUUGAAUCUCAGAAUUGUGUUGUUUUUUAUUUUUUUUUCUUAGCACAGUCCAAUUCGCUAUAAUGUUAUUUUAUACACAAUUAUUAUUUUUUUUUUUUGGUCUGUCUUUAUAAACUAUUAUAAGUACUAUUUUUGUUAUAAUUCAAAAUAGAUAUUUAGUAUAAAGUUUUGCUGUUAAAUAUUUGUUAUUUAGUAAAAUAUGAUUUUUUUUUUCUCUUUAUUGUAAACAACGUCUGGAAAAAUAUUAAUAUGUUUUAUCACAGUUGUUUUUAAUAUUAAAAAAAAAAGAAAAAAGCACUUGUGGGGUUUUUCGUUAUGAAAUUGGUGCCGUGUGAACAUGUGUUUCGGUCAUGUGGUUUUUAAUAUGUAUAUAAUAUCACGUGUUGCAUAUUAAAAUGAAU